CCCGUCGCGCCCAUGCUGCUCGACCCGUUCGGACUCACGGGACCACCUACGUCGAAAAAAUGGAGAAAAGAGAAGAAAAGGGUGCAGAAAAAGGAGAAGGAGCAGAAGCUCUGGUUAUCGUCGUCGUUGUCGUCGACCUCGUUCGUGGAGUGCGUACGGUCCGGUUAUCGUUCGUAUACGUCCAAGUCGUUCUCCAGGUCGAUUCGCGAUCGCGUCGUCGACGACGUUAGCAUAUCCACCGCCGCGCAAUACCAUCACAAAGCCCGACACUUCCAAACCGGGCACGAACCCGAUGAGAAAGCCGGAACUGCCACUGCCUUUCGCAUCUCUCGCGAUUCCGCUUCGCGCGGCGUGGUGCGCGCGCGCACAUGUGAUCGCCACGAGGAUCACGAGGACGAUAAUGAGGGCGACGCGUUGCGCGCGCGGACGCGCAUACUUGGCGCUGAUUGUCCGUCGCCGCGACGGGCCCCGCGAAGAGCAAGAAGAAGGUCAAGAAGAAGACGAGGGAGCGGAGCGAUCUCCGAGGAAGAGCCCGAUGUGGCUACCUCGGCCGUUUCUUUCGUCAACGUGCAUGCUUACACUGCCUAUAGCGAUGACAGAGACGACGAUGACGAUGGAGAAAACGACGGUGACGAUGACGAUGACAACGAGGGACAAGUACAUUGCGAGCGAAAGAGAAUCCACAGUGAUGGGUCCAAGAAGGCCCAUGACGAAUACGAGGAAGAUGGAAGCAAUGACAGCGCGCAUGUUAGUGUCUCGGAUAAUCCGCGCGAUGAAUACAAACAUGAAAACGCGUCUCGCGAGGACUACAUCCACACCGAGGGGAAUACGAGUAGUGAUGUAUCUAAGAGUGAUCAGUGGGCAUCGCAAUCCUCUUCGUUUGAUUGGAAGAGAGAUCGUGAACGUGUCGAUGGCUACGGACGCGAGUACCUGACAGUGGACGAGGUGUUCGAUGGACAAGGACGAAAAAAAGGAGAAUGGUAUAGUGAGAGGAGAUGUAGCGAUAACACUGCCUGGUUCCAAAAGCCAAUUACUAGGAGAAAAGGAAGAGGCGAAGGAGAAGGAAGAGGAAGAGGAGACAAGCCGCAUAUACGCAGGAGCUACUACAGGCUGCUGCUGUUCGUGUUAUAUCUUCUAGCGUGGCCUCUAUUGUGCUCGAGCAGUCCCUUAGGUCACCUCGCUUCGACUUUCGCGCAGAACCCGACCCUCGCGCACACCAAGAAUCCCGCACAACGGGGUAACACUACGCCGCCGGACAUGUUGUUCUCGUCGUCGACGGUCAUCGAGCACCAAUACAAGUAUUCGCAACAAUACGUUCAGGGUAGCGAUUACAAUACCGAUAGCGAGCGUCAUCGUCAUCAACAGCAGCAGCAGCAGCAGCAGCAACAGCAACAAUCGGAUCAAGAGAAGUCCGACGAGCAGCGACACCCCUAUAACGAAUACACUUGGGAGGUGAACCAAAUGAAUCCCUGGCUGUCGGCCUGCGAUCUGGCGGGACCAGCGCCGACCGAUCUUCAGGGUAGUUGCGGAGCACCUCCACCGGAGGUGCCCAAGUACUGCCCGAAGCUGUGCAAAAACGCUUCCGAGAUAAUGAAGACCUAUAAUAUGAAGAUAAAUAGGGGGGUCGAGGACGGAGGCGAGAGCGGCAGUCGACAUGGUGAUAAAUAUAGCACCGAUGAAAAGAAGGAGGAGAAGGAACAGUGCCUUUUAUAUCUCGAGGAAUCGCACAAGAAGAUCAUCUGUCAAAUGAAGAAGAAUAAUCCAAGUGAUCUGCUGCUUCGGCUGCGUCUACGGCACUGCUGCGAGCACGCGGUGUUCAACGCCCUGGCGCCGGGCAAGGGCGGUCCGCUUGAGGACGUGCUAAACGGCGGCAAGAAGUGCGAUGAUGCCUUGGACAAGCUGUUGCUCGUUGAUGCCCUGGCCGCGAGGCUGCAUUGCGAGUUCGAGGAGGUACUGGCGCGCUACGAUUGCGCCCAGCCGUACUCCGUCAUCCACAACUGCACCCAUUGCAAGGAGGCGUAUAGGAAAUGGGUGUGCAGCUCCCUGGUGCCUUACUUUGCUCACAGGAGUCCGAAAGACGUGAAAACCUUGGAGGGCAGCUGGACCGGCCCCAGAUUAAGGCCCUGCCGAUCCUUUUGCCAGACCGUGGAGCAACGUUGCCCCUACUUCCUUCCGGGCGAUCGUGCCCCCGCAUACCCCACACAAUACGCCGGCGAACCCACUUUUCUUUGCAGAGACCCGAAGAUCCUUGAGACCGGCGAGCAGGCCGCAAGGGCAUUGCACAGCAUCAGUGACGAUGAGUGCUGCUUCCACGUAUGCUCCGAGGAUACCAAAGAGGGUAUCUGCACUAAAUGCGAGGAGCCGUGGAAACAUGGCAAGUUUCAGGAUCCCGCAACGGCACCCCAGUGCGAGCCCCCAGUGAACCUUCAAUCUGGUUCUACAGGUCCGGGCUCGCAGCCGGGUCAACCGGAAACAUCCACCGACGAUCUGGACACCAGCACCACUCCUUCCUCGUCCAAUACCACAGCAUCUUCGACCACCGUCGGCCAAAAGGACACGGCAUUCUGCGGUAGCGGCCGCAUCGGCUCGAUGUCGAGCGCAUCUUCGCUCGGUCGAUCGAACCCAUCGAUUGUCCUUCAAUUCUUCUGGCUUUGUUCAAUUCUGAUCACCCUCCCUGCGAACGCGCUGCAGUACAAUACCCGUAUUCUGGAGUGUCCCUUCGGAUUCCUCCGACUAAUCGGUUCCGGCCUGCUCUUUUCGGGCACGUUCGUCCUGCGGAGGGUCUUCAACGAUGUUCGCGUUUCCUUUGAUCCACGCUCGACCGGGAUCUAUCGGUUUACCGUCAUACGUUGCCUCCUGUUCGUCCUCGGGAUGCCCGGACGGGCGGUGAUGAAGUGCCGUUGUCGCGGAUGGUGGUGGUGGAGGUCCUGGAGGAGAUCCAGCAGCCGGCAUUUCCGCUGGAAAUUCCUCCGUCGUUUCGGCGUCGCGUCCCAGCGGUCCGUCUUGCGCGACGUGUCGAUCGCUAUCCUCGAGCUAUUCCUCAAGUUUGCGGCAAAGUGUCGGUGUCGCGAUUGGUGGUGGCUGUGGCGUCGGUGGCGAAAGUACGGCUCGACAGGCGGGCAGUACGCGAAGCUCGUCCCUCGGAGAAAACGUCCAGUGAUUUACAGGGCAGCACAUCGACAUCGCAGGAGAAGAAGAGAUCUCUCCAGGGUUCUCAGGAUAGACGUCGCAAGUUCGGCCAAAUCGAUCUCCAGGAAGGACCCGCCAUAAGAUGACCAGCUUCGCUUUCCUGAAUACGCAGGAUCGUACGGGUUUUCUUCUAUCGCGGGAUAUUCGCGAGAGCUUGUCUUCACGAUGCCAGAGUUACUCGAGAAGCACCCAGACUCGAUCGAGGCGAAACUCGAUCGAGGACAAAUCGACGUUGUGAAAACGUCGGACGAAAUACGAGGAUGUAUACGAAGGAUCACACAGGGGAUGUCCCCGGGAUAUUACACGGGUAGAAAGAACACCAGCACUGCGAGGAGAGUAGUGAGGAAGUAGCAGAGUGCGAAAGGAUCCAAGGAUCAACGUGGUGGAGGAACGGCGGGCCGGUCUCGUCGACGACUUCGGUUCCGCUGACUAGAGCAAAAGAGGAAGGAGAGGGAGAACCAUAAAGAACAACUUCAUUAACAACAAAAACAACAAGAAUAACUGAGAACGGGGGAAACGUAAUGUCUAGAGCUAAUGAUAAUAAUACAAUAAUAAAGAAUAA